UUUUCUGAUUUUUUUGCGAUUGUUACAACGUACAGUGCCCCCCAACGUUCAGAAUAUUGACAACACACAGAUUUGGGAUUCCAAUAUUUUGACAUUUCACCACGUUCUCGUAACACCAACAAACAACAAUACACUGAUGAAACACAUUUGAAAUGAAUCAUGCAUGUUAUAUUUAGAGCGAAAUCAUUUCAGUAUAUAUUGGGUUCUAAUUCAAUUACACAUGUGUGUCGUUUAAACAAUAAUGCAUUUGUUCAGAGGGAUGUCUGUAAACAAUGUAAUAUUUUUAAGUUCAACAAAAGUAGAAAUAUCAAUAACAUGGCUGGCGAAUGCCCAGGUGAAAACAAUGACCAGAAAACACAAAGACAAACUAUCAUGAUAGUUGGUCUAGGUAAUCAUGAUUUACCUACCACGAGGCACAGCGUGGGGAUGAUGUUUGUAGACAAACUGGCCAAAAUGCUGGGCUGUACCUUGACUAAGAAUCGAGACUGCCUAGGAUUUAUUGGUGUGAAGGAGCUGACAACACUGAAGGUGGUGCUGUUAAAACCCAAACUUGCCAUGAACAUUAAUGGUACGAGCGUAAAAAAGACAGCAAAUGUCUUUCAAGUGCAGCCAAAAAACAUCUACCUCGUUCAUGAUGACUUGGAUAAAGACGUAGGAAAAAUUGGUCUCAAAGAGAAAGGUAGUGCCAGUGGACACAAUGGAGUCAAAUCAGUCAUCAACAAUUUUAAAACGGAUGAGAUACCACGUCUCAGAAUAGGCAUCGGUCGACCGCACUGUGUUGACUUGGUACCUACAUACGUGUUGAAGAAGUUUAUGCCAUUGGAAUUAGCAGAUAUUGAUCUGGCAUUGCAGCUGGGUGUAGAUAAACUUGAUGAUCAUCUCAUGUCCCGCUUUGGCCAUUCAGGAAUCAGAGUGUUACGAACGAACAGCUAAUAAGAAAUCAAUUGCAUAGAUUUUAGAUGUUUAAUUUUAAUUAUUUGUAUAAACUAUUAUUAUGUGUCAUAACAUGUUUAUUUAAUAAUAAAUUAAUAUUGCUUUAUAA